AUGACAAAAGAACCCCCCCCCCCAGAUUUUGACGGCACAAUCUUCCUACAAGACACCGGCCACGUCCUAGUAGACAACCUAGGCUGCGGCGUAGCCUACCGCAACAAGCUCGAAGAACAAUUUAAAACUGGCGAGCGAUCCUUCCGCGACAUUUCAGACGACAUGUGGGGAUCCCUCAGCAUCCCCUUUGGCGACGGCUUCGACAUAAUGGAAAAGAACCUCGAACUCGACCCGGGCUUCCGCGAAUUCCACCAGUAUUGCGUCCGCGAGGGUUUCCCCUUCAACGUGAUCAGUGCAGGCCUAAAACCCGUUCUGCAGCGCACGCUGGAUAUCUUCCUCGGCGAGAAAGAGGCAUCAACAAUCGAAAUCGUCGCAAACGACCUAAAAGCACCAGGCGGAAUCCCGUGGAAACCCGUCUGGCGCGACAACACAGAUUCCGGCCACGACAAAGCCGAGAGCGUGAACCAAGCGCGCUCAAAAGCACAGGCAGAAUGCGAGCCCGACGAGAUCCCGCUGAUCGUAUUCAUCGGCGACGGCGUGUCCGAUCUCGCCGCGGCCCGCGAGGCAGAUGUUCUCUUUGCGCGCCGCGGUCUACGGCUCGAGGAACACUGUCUCGAACAUCACAUCCCGUAUACGCCGUUUGAUAGCUUUGCUGAUGUCAAGAGGGAGGUUGAGGCGAUUAGUCUUGAGGAUCAGAAGAAGACGGGUGGUGUUGGGAAGCCGGUGCGGUAUAACCCGCGUGCAAAUAUGUGGAGGAGGAUCUCUAGUAAGGAGGCUGUUCCGACGCUUAUGGCUACGGCUACACCUUCGCGGGAUGAGAGGAUGGUGCUUUGGCCGGAUUAUUUCUCGGAGCCCAAACAGACUCAGACUGAGCCGACGAUUCAGGAGUGA